AUGUGCUCUUUCGUGAGAGUGGGGUCUCCCAAGGUAUUGAAAACUUUCCCAGAGCCCGCCGAAGCAGCUCUCCUCUCAGACAAAAGUGCCCUCGGAGGAACAAAAGUAUCUGGAUGGAAGUCUGCCCUUGACCCGGAGGUUGGACAUGCAAGAGAACGGAACGAGGAUUUAGGAAACCAGAGUGUCCUCAUGGGAACAAGAUCUCCUUUGGGGUUGGGACCUACAGUGGGGUUAGGAAAAGAUUCCCGGCGUGGGGAGAUCCCAGAGUUGAAGUAUGAGGAGAGGGUAGCGUUACCAGGAACACAGCCUCCGCAAAGGCAGAGGUUUGAAACGGGACUAGCCAGACAGACAAUUUCAGGGAUCCCCUCGGAGAGAGAUUGGUUAGGAGCCAACAGGGCCUCGGCCUCAUGGGGACCACCGCUUGCUCCAUGUACAUUAGCAGGAAGAGCGGAGUUAGGGAGAGAGUGUCCUAACGGAAAGCUAACACAGCCUCCCUUGGGCGUGGGCUGUGUUAGUCCGCAGGCCGUGGGGACCAGGAACAUUAGCUCUGAUGGGAUUGAGGCUUUAAAGGCAAAUCCACCUGUUUUGGGUAGGGAACAGAGUCAGGAACUGGAGAAAGAGUCCACUUGUGUUAUCGCGAAACCCAGCCCGGAACUGAAACCCCCUGUGGAGGUUGAUAUUGGGCUAGCCCAAGCAGAGGACCUAGAUGAAGCCAGGAAUGCAGAGCCCCAGAUGGGCUUGGUGAUCGAACCUCCCCGGUGGCACCUUGGCCCACAAGCUGAAGAGAAAAAGGAGGCUGAGAAUACUGAACCAGGAGUGGAACCUCCACAUUGGGUCAGACCCAUCUACUAUGGGAAAUUUUUUGAUCGGACACCUUGCUGGCCAAGCGCCGGGAAAGUGAUCCCGAUUGGACACAGAGUGGCAGCCUGCCUAACAGAAAAGCUUCCCAGGCCGAUUACUCCGCCUGAAGCAAAAAAGUUUUACAACUUCAGAUAUCCUCCUCCCGGGGCAGAGAGAGUGUUCUAUGGCAAAGCCAGUGAUCCCCGGAUUGCACCUUACUUGACACACGGAAUAAGAUCUAAAAUUUCAAUGCCGGCAAACACAUUGAUAAACCCACAGCCUAUGACCGCAUUUCAACAGAUAAUUCAAGAUAAAAAGGAAUCUAUAUAUCUUAGCAAGCAACGAGCACCACUAGGAAAAUCAUAUGAUCAAACUCGAGGAUUGCCCGGAGGGCUGGAUAUAAGCAAAACUACAUUUGGGACGAGAGUCGUCAGAGAAUUCUCUGCUAGAGAUGUAGUGAAUCCACCAAAAUCCUAUGAAGAAGUAUGUAAAGAAACAAUGGAAGGACAUGAUUUGUAUGUUGUCUCUCACAAUGAUUAUUAUGUAGGAGAAGCAAAGAAUCGAAAGUAUAACCCAUCAAGUUUCCAUAGGUUUAACUUGUAUGGCGUCCCAACACCGCAUUUUAAUGAUGGACGAGCCAUGGCUAAAACUUUACAUUGGCUCCAUGAACAACAAAUGAAAAAGGGAGCCAAGAUUGUAUCCAAGAGAGUUGAUGAUUUCAAUGAAAAAUUUCAACAUAAACUUGGAAGAGUUUUAGACCCCAUCGCAGAAACCAUGACUGUUCCUCCAGGCCACACAUUUGGAGCUUGCCCCCAUCCUGAGGAGUAUGGAGCUGGUGAUCUCAUCUGUCGCCGACUGCCAGGUGAAUAUCUUCGAGGCAAGGACAGACAGCGAGCUCUGAUUGCAGCAGUUCGACACCACCUGAAGAAAUUUAACUGCCAGCACUUUGACACUUUGCUGGCAGCCUUCAGGCACUAUGACAAGAAGGGAGACGGGGUGAUAGAUAAGGUGGAACUUGGGGAAGCUUGUGAGCAGGCUGGCUUGCAUCUGGAUGAGAAGCUCCUGGACCAGCUGUUGGACUAUUGUGACGUGGAUAAGGACGGCCUCAUUAACUACCUAGAGUUUGCGAAUUUCCUUAACUGGAAGGACAGAAUGCUGCUUCAGGAGUGUGAGGAAAGGGUCAUUGUUAAAGGUAGAAAGCCAGAUUGUUCAAAGCCCGCUGAGACUAAUUUUGAAGAAUCAGAACCAACCCUCCUGGUAAAGCCUGAAGAUAUUGUCUUGAGAGAGCCCGGGAGCUCAGAGAAAACUCUUCGGACACUCCUGAGACCCAGCGACAGGGUCUCUCAGCAUUACAGGACAACUUCUUCUGAGAUCAAUGCUGUGGUCGGAGGCGUUCCUGCUAUUUGUUACCCUAUUUGUGGCAUACCAACCGUUCGAUCUGAUAUUCCUGCACCCCGAAUCCGUCGCAUCAGUGACAGAACCAACUACGGAGAAGAGGGCAACGCUUACUCACUGCUCCACCCCACCAUCUUCUCCCAGAAAGGGGUGUUUGAAAGAGACCUCUUCAAAACCAGGCCAAAAGAAGAGAUUGCUGAGAUAUUACAUAACAUUGGUGUUGAGCUCUCUGAUGAAGAAUUUGAAACUGUAUGGAAUCUUGCAUCGAAAAAACAUCACAGAGGAGAAGUUUGUGUGGAGACCGUCAGAGAUGUUCUGGAUGAAUUACAGCACGCAGAACGGAUCAAGUGUAAAACAGCCAUGUGAUAUUUUGGACUUCAUUAAUUUAAGCAAAAGAUUUGUUGAAUCUGUGUUCAUCUAAAACGUUCGACCCAUUCUCACUUUUGAUGUUCUUUGAGAACUCAGCAGGCAGUAGGGUGGGAUGCAUAUGUCUUUAUGUGUUGCUAAUAAAAUUUGGAA